AAACCUGAAGAUCUCAGUACUCUUCGAAUUUUUUCUUUUUUCUUUUUCACUCCUUCUACCUCUCUUCAACCUUUUUCCAUUUGGUUUCUCUUUUUUUUUUUCUUUUUUUUUAUUCCCCUUUUUCUUUCGAAAGCCCUCUCCCUUUCAUAAGCAAAAUCGAAGGAGGGAGAAGCAAAACCUCAGCCAUCCAAACCUUCAAUCCCAAUGGUUCCUAGCCCUAGAUUUGCCACCCCCUAAAGCCCUAGAUUCUUUCAACUUGCUUCAGAUCCAUGGCUUGAGGGGAUGAACAGGUCAGUGACAUGGCCUCCACGUAGAUUUCUUCAUAUGGGGUGGAAGGGAGCAAUAAUGAUUGAAAGAGGAAAAGACCGAUUUAGGGAGAAAGGGGGAGGAAUCCACCUUCUUCUCCCUGCAAGUGGCGACACAAAGCGAGGAAACGACGUCAAGGAAUAAAAAUAGAAAAAUGACCUACUUGUCCCUUCUAUUUUUCAUCCCUUUUGGAUCAAAAGGAUAUCGCUUCAGUUUAAUCUCUGUCAAAAGGAUAUCAAAAGUCCAUAAGUUUUGUCUACAUGGAAUUUUGGUCCCUCAGUUUAAUCUCUGUCAUAAUUCGGUCCCUGCAAAACAUAACAGAUAUUUUAAAUGGUUUUCAAGUAAGUACAAAUUUGUCAAUAAACUUGAAUUAUCCCC